ACCGAGCACAGGCUACCUACACCGCGCAGCAGCAGCAGUAAGCCAAGAACACGACCAUGCCGCUGUACUCGCGCACCGCGAAGCGCGUCGAGAGGAAGCAGCGUGCCGACUGGGCCGAGGCGGAAAGGACAGCGCGGCUCGAGGCGGGACUGUCGAGCGGGGCUGAGGAGGAGGACGGGGACAGCGAGGACGACGACGAGAGCGAGGAUGAGGACGAGCACAUGCUCAGCGACGAGGAUGACUUGUCUUCUGACAGCGACGACGAUGACGACGAGGAUGAGAACGACGAGGACGACGACGAAGGCAGCGAUGAGGAUGGAGCCAGCGGCAAGCGGAAGCGCGGCGCCGAGGACGAGGACGACGAUGAGGAAGAUGAGGAAGACGACGAAGAAGAGCUCGACAUCACCGACGUCCUCCCCGCCAUAACAGAAGUCGCCAGCGACCCGCUGUACCCGACCUCGCUGCCCGAGCUCUUCCCGCAGGCGUGCGUCCUCUGCCCCGACAAGGCGCUCAAGCACGAGAUGAUGGCCGCGAGCCACCUCGCGUCGGCAUCGCACGAGCGCGCGCUGAAGCGGUGGAACGCGCGUCUCGCCGCUGCCCCGGUCGACGACGACGCCGACCCGCGCGAGGUGGUCGAGGAGAUCUUGGCCCAGCUCGUUGGCGCCGCCGAGGUCGCGCAGGGCAAGGGCGCGAAGCGGGCUGCGAAGAAGGCUAAGCGGGCGGCGAAGAAGGCUGCCGCUGAGGAGGGGGAGAAGGAGGGCGACGACGAGGACGAGGGCGAGGAGAAGGCCGACGCCGCCACCCCCGCCGCUACCCCCGCCCAGCCCAAGCUCAACCGCCGCGAAAGGCGCGCCGCGGAGCGCGCAGCAGCCGGUAAGGGCGCGUCAGGCCCCCUCGCACCCAAGCAGGCGCCCGGCAAGGCCAGCGCUGCUGCUGUUCGCCGCGCCGCCCAGCGUAACAAGGCGCAGGCGCGCCGCGCCGACGCCGAGCCCGAGGGCGGCAACCGCGCUGAGCGACGCGCGGCGGCACGCGACGAGGCCUCCAAGCCCACAAAGCCCGCCAAGCGCGCAAAGAACUAG